GAAAAAGUAAAACAACAAAACGAACUCUAAAAUCUUCUUCUUCCCAUUUCUUCCACUAAGCAACACCUUUUGUCUGCCCUACGCCGUUUGCCGCCGUGCCUCUACCUUGCUUUCCCGCCGAUUUUUCUGUCUGUUCUGAUGGGUAGUCAAGGGUGAAAAGCUUUUUGUUAGCCAAGAUGGAGUAAUUGGGCGAAAACAGUAUUUCAAAUAAGUUAUUUGGGUUCACUGAUUUGACACAUCCGAAACUGAUCAAGGGAUGGUACAGAAAUUUCUAGUUCAAUGAUAUGAGUCAUCAUAAAUUGAUUAAGGGAUGAUUUAGAAAUUGCUAGUUCACUGAAUUGAGCAUUUCUAGUUCGAUGAUACAGAAAUUGAUCAAGCGAUCGAGAUUACUUAUUUUUCACCGAAAUGUCUGCUUAAUACGUUUCCAAUUGCUUAGCACUUUCAGUCCAAACAAAUUUGACUUUGAGAAUAAUCAUAAACAACGUCGAAAGAUCCGUGAACGCAUUCCUUUUGUCACUGAUGUUAAAGAGGUGAAGGAUCCAUGUGAGGCAUUGGCUCUCUUUGAGAAUUACCAUGAAAAGGGCUUCAAACACCACUAUCCUUCCUACUCAUCUCUCAUCUACAAGUUGGCUCGUUCUCGUAGAUUUGAAGCUGUCGAGACUAUUCUUGGUCACUUACGAAAUAGGAAUAUUCGUUGCAAUGAGACCCUUUUCGUCGCUUUGAUUCAACAUUAUGGGAAAGCUCAUUUGGUUGAGAAAGGUAUUGAGCUUUUCCACCAAAUGCCUUCCUUUAAUUGUUUUCGUACUCUGCAGUCCUUUAAUGUAUUGCUUAAUACAUUAGUUGAUUGUGACCAGUUUUCUAAAGCAAGUGAAAUCUUCCAACAGGCUUAUGAAAUGGACUUUCGCCCUAAUUCAGUGUCCUAUAAUAUAAUGAUUAAGGGUUGGAUCAAGAAGGGAGGAUGGGAACAAGCAUGUAACCUGUUUGACGAAAUGCUCGAGAAGGGAGUUCAACCUAGUGUUGUAACAUACAAUAGUUUUUUAGGGGUUUUAUGUAGAAAGGGUGAAAUGGACACAGCAUUGUGUUUGUUCAAGAACAUGACUGAGAAAGGACAUCAUCCUAAUGCUGUUACUUAUGCAUUGUUAAUGGAAGGAUGGUGUUUCAUAGGUAAAUACAAGGAAGCAAAAAAGUUGAUGUUUGAUAUGGAGUUUCAUGGUUGUAAACUGCGACCUGUGAACUACGGUGUUUUAAUGACACAUCUUGGAAAGACUGGGAACAUUGACGAAAUGGAAUCUUUACUUAAUGAGAUGAAGAAAAGACGGUUGAAGCCCGAUGUUGUGACAUAUAAUAUUCUUGUAAAUUACUUGUGUAAGGAAGGAAAGGUUGGAGAUGCUUAUAAGGUUUUGGUUAAAAUGCAAGUGGGAGGUUGUGAUCCUAAUGCAGCAACUUAUAGGAUGAUGAUUGAUGGAUAUUGUAAUGCAGGGGACUUCGAUGGGGCUAUGAAGAUUUUAAAUGCUAUGUUGAUGAGUGGGCACUAUCCUCAUUUGAAAACUUUUGCUUCUUUAGUUGUUGGUCUUUUGAAAGGUGAAAAUAAUGAUGAUUAUGUUUGCUUUGUAUUGGAGGAAAUGGAGAAGAGACAGCUGAGGUUUGAUGCUGAAACUUGGAGGAUUUUGAUCAUGGAUGUUUGUGGUCAACAUGUUGAAAUAGGUAGCCACUUAAAUGAUUUGAUCUCCUUACCCUAAAUCUGCAUGGGGGGAAAUGGUGACAGCAUUUCUUUUUCCUUUUAUUGGGUUGGUAUACAUAGACCACUAGGCCGAGGCAAUGAGACUACAAGAUGAAAAUGAAGCUCAAUCAGCUCAAAUGAAGUUUAUGUCGAAGCUAAUGGCAGGUCACACCGAGUCAACUUAAUCACGAGGCAAUCUCUAUGCCACAAGAACCAUCGACAAGAGCUAAGAGUUAAGAGUUAAAAAGACCGAAAAGAACGUCCAUGGUGAAGAAUUGCAAUUUAAGUUUCAAGAUACAUUUGGGUCAUCAACAUUGUUGAUGAUGCAUUAUGUACUUAUUUAUUUAUUUCAUUUUAAGAAAAGGAAUAUUUAUUUGAUGUAUUUGCAUUUAUAAGUUCAUGUAAGUAGUUGAAUGGGUGUUGGACGUAUUUAAACGGGAAAAGGUUGAGUCGUUUCAUGUUGACCUUUCAUUCAGUAUAUAUAACCAUUUUGGGUUGUCUAGUGGUAAAAAAGAGACAUGAUUUCAAUAA